AUGUACAGCCACCGUAUCACUCUGCUCUGGAUCGGCGUAUCCAUUGCACUGGCGUUGGUUGCAAAGGAUGCAGAUGGAUUCGCCUUGCAUCAGCCGCCUUCGAGGAGCUUCGCGCUCUACAGCAAAUGGUUGAUGGAGCCGAAAUUCCCCAAGACCACGAAGCGGUAUAUGACCACUCGAGCAGGGAAGACGGAGACUAUUGGAAAGCUAAAGGAGCUUCUCAGCCGAAGUAGCGUCUUGCUGCGUUUCACGUACAAGCGGUUCACUCCCAAAGAGCGCGUGGUGCUGAAUCGUAAGCUGCGAUCCUUCAUCUACACGGGGAAGGAUGGCUCUGAGCCCUGCGCUAAGCUGCAGAUGGUCAAGAACACGCUGAUAGAGAAGGCUAUGAUAGGCACCCCGUGGGAGGUUUUCGCGCCACGUAUGCACGGUCCCUCCAUGUGCUGCUUCGUGUUCGACGACGGUAGGUUGCCGCAGAUUCUGAUGACCAUUGAGCGCUUGCGGAUGGCAGACAAGAAGAUACGGCGCCAUGUCACCCUAGACAGCGCUUCCUUUGCAGGCAGGGUUGUUGAGCCACCUGAGCUGUUCAAGAUAGCAGACUAUGCGUCACGUGAGGAUGUUAUAGCCCGGUUGAUGUGCGCCCUGAACGGCGGAGCGGGAGGCGUUGCCAGGGGGCUGAAAUCGGUUGCAACGAAGCUGGCUGUCGCGCUGAACGAGACCACUAAAAAAGGGGAAGCCAGUGAUCCGGCUACUAGCGAAUCUGUCAGUGGAAGCGAUAACGCUGCGGCGCCAGAGGCAACUGCAGUUGGUGUGGCAACAAAUUGA